CUCUCUCUCUCUCUCUCUCUCUCUCUCUCUCUAUCUCUCUUUCACUCUCUCUGUCGUUUUCAUCUUCUACUGCUACAUGGAAUCCACGCAUGAACCCCAAACAAAAUAAAAUAAUAAUAAUAAUAAUAAUUCUUAUAAGUAUCGAAGUUCCCCCAGGCAGUGUCGAUGCAUUUCCACAAACAGAAAGCUAUCUACAAAGACAAACAACGUUAGAAAGUAGUUCAGUUCCAUUUCUAUCCAUCUCUUCAACAGGUGUGAAUAUAUACACAUUAUUAUGCAACAGAUUAGAAGAAGCCAAAUGGCAUCAGAUGCAAUGAGCAGUAGUGGUACACCUGCAAGUUCCUGCACAAUUGGUUCAUUCACCUGGUGCCAAGCAAUGGUGUCCAGAAAUCCAUGGAAUAACACAUUAUAUGAAAACAGUAGUGCUGUUGAUCCAGGGAAUAAUGCAACAUCUGCACAUAUGCUCUGGGAAGAUAAUGGAGGAAUGCACCAUACUGCACCAGAGCCUAAAGGGUUUACAGAACUGCACACAUCAGAUAAAAAUUGCAAAGUGGAAAGUGAAAAUGUUGCAAUGUCCCCGCACCAUUCUAGGCCUGCAACUGAACAUGACCUUAUGGGUCACUCUAUUCAGUGUGCACCAUAUCCCUAUACAGAACCUGCUUUCCUCGGUGCAGCUGGUGGAGAGUCUGUGGUUCAUCAAAGUGCACAAGGAGUGAGAAUGGUGUUGCCGCUGGAAGUGACGACAGAGGAGCCUGUUUAUGUGAACGCCAAACAGUACCAUGGAAUUCUCAGGCGAAGGCAGCUCCGGGCAAAGGCUGAGCUGGAAAACAAAGUGGUUAAGAACAGAAAGCCUUAUCUUCAUGAAUCCCGGCACAAGCACGCCAUGAGAAGAGCCAGAGACGGCGGGGGCCGCUUCGUGAAUAAAAAGAAGUCUGAUUCCACAAGCAACAACACCCCCCCAUGCAGCAGCAACGUUAACUCCAGUGAAGCCAAGAACUGUAUUUCAGACAGCCAUGGCUGCCCAGGCUCUGAAGCUUCUGGGAUGCAGGGCAGUGCAGAAUAUGUGCAGUGGGGUUAUGAGUAUCAGCGUUUCAAAGUCAUGAAAGACUGGGUGUGAACUGAAAAAGAAGAAGAAGUCUGGAGAUUGGAGAAUACAUACAAUCUCUGAAUCUAUCUCCCCCAUAUAUAUACUUAUGUAUAAUGUGGUUGGUCUGUCUCUGAUCUGAUCUGAUGAUUGUGUAGAAUAUGUAAGGUUGGAGAGAAUAACAUACAUACAUACAUGUUUGAUCUUGGCAAGCAGCUAUAAGUGUAAUGGCUGCUGGCUUGAAUUGGCUUUUACCAUUCAUUUUCUCAGGCAAUUCAUUCUUGGCUAAUACUUCAUAGUUGCGUGUAAGCUAUGGAGAAACAGAUGGAAGAAGAAGACCUAAGCUCAUAGCUUAGCUUGUUAUUGGCUUAUUAGCUAAUGUGAUGUUUGAUCAAUGCAA